AUGGGUCCUUCAAAAUUACAAAAUUAAUUUUAUUUUCGUAGUUUCAACACUGAAGUUUGAUCAAGAUCUGAGAAAAGCAAGAUUGACUUGGUUGUCAAUCCCUGCUAAUCACUUUCAUUUCAAAGCCGUGGAGCCUGAAUCUUUCCAUUUAGUGAAAACCAUCACAAGAAGCCAUGGAGAUGAGAAUGGAUUUUCCCAGACUGGUUUUCUUCGCUUAUACCAUUCUCAUACCACACCUUGUUGCUGUAACAGUAGCCCAGCCUGACCUGGUCUACCACAAUUGUUCAGAAAAUGUUGGUACUUACAGCAAUAACAGCACCUACCAGUCAAACCUCAACACCCUUCUCUCUACACUGUUCUCAUACAAAGAAAUCAACUAUGGCUUUUACAAUUUCUCCGUCGGCCAAAGCCCCAACGAGGUUAACGCAAUUGCCCUCUGCAGAGGAGACAUCACACAAGAUAAGUGCCACAGUUGCCUCAACGACUCCAGGCUUCAGCUCCCGCAGCGCUGUCCCUACCAGAAUGAAGCAAUAGGAGGGUAUGAUGAAUGCAUGUUACGAUACUCCAAUCGGUCCAUAUUCAGGACUCUGGAAAUUUUGCCUAGUUUUUAUGUUUCAAACCCGAACAACGUCUCCAAUGAAGAUGUGUUCAAUCAGGCGCUGAAGACCUUGUUGGACAGCCUCCGAAGCAAAGCUGCUUCGGGCAAUUCGCUGCUCAAAUUUGCGACAGGAGAAGCGACUGGCACUGGUGAUAAAAGGAUAUACGGGUUUAUGCAGUGCACUCCUGAUCUAAAUGAGUCGUCUUGCAGAAGUUGUUUAGAAGGGGCUAUUAAUGAUGUUCCAGCAUGUUGCGGUAACAAGGAAGGAGGACGAAUUUUUAAGCCCAGUUGCAGCCUCAGGUUUGAAACAUUCCGUUUCUAUGAUUUUACAGCGGCUAACACGCCUCCACCUGCAACAUGGCCACCUUCCUCACCUUCUCCUUCGGAUAACCUCACCCCACCCUCCCCAGCCAUUGUUACACCUACCAAAGGAAAGAAGAGUAACACAUCCCGGACCCUCAUCCUCAUAGUCGUUCCCACGGUUAUUAAUUCAGUGUUAUUGAUCAGCAUCAUCUGCUUCUUUUUAAAAAAGAGGAGGCCAAGGGGGCAGUUUCUAAGUUUUGAGGGUGAAACUAGAACCCUGGAAUCCUUGCAAUUUCAGUUCAGCACCAUUAGAGUUGCAACAGACAACUUCUCUGAUGCUAAUAAGCUUGGAGAAGGUGGAUUCGGCUCUGUUUACAAGGGUAGGCUUUCCGAUGGGCAAGAAAUAGCUGUUAAGAGGCUGUCUGCUGGUUCUAAACAAGGAGAACUAGAAUUCAAAAAUGAGGUGCUGUUAAUGGCGAAGCUUCAACAUAGAAAUUUGGUUAGGCUACUGGGUUUUUGCUUGGAAAGAUCCGAAAGACUUCUCAUCUAUGAGUUUAUGCCUAACUUAAGCCUCCAUGGCUUCAUAUUUGAUCCAAUUAAGCAGACACAAUUGGAUUGGGAAAAGCGUUACAAAAUCAUAGGAGGCAUCGCUCGAGGGCUUCUUUAUCUUCAUGAAGAUUCUCGACUUCGAAUUAUUCACCGUGAUCUCAAAGCAAGCAACAUUCUAUUAGAUGCAGAGAUGAACCCUAAAAUUUCUGAUUUUGGGAUAGCUAGAUUAUUUGCAGUUGAUCAAACUCAAGAGAAUACAAGUAGAAUUAUGGGAACCUAUGGAUAUAUGGCCCCAGAAUAUGUAUUGCAUGGGAAAUUCUCAGUUAAGUCGGACGUAUAUAGCUUGGGUGUGUUGAUUCUGGAGAUUAUAAGCGGUCAAAAGAAUAAUUGUUUCCAUGUUGGCGAGAACACUGAGUAUCUUCUGACCCACGCUUGGAUUUCUUGGAGGGAAGGAACAGCAAACAGUAUGAUAGAUCCAACAUUAAGGGAUGGCUCAACAAGCGAAAUAAUGAGAUGUAUCCACAUUGGGUUGCUAUGUGUUCAAGAAAAUGUGGCUGAUCGACCAACAAUGGCUUCAGUAAUGCUCAUGCUAAAUAGCUACUCUCUCAGUCUCCCAAUACCUUCACACCCUGCAUUUUUUUUACGUAGUAACAUUGACCAGAACAUUUCUUCGGGGCUGGAGCAUAAUUCAAGGUCGACUGAUUCUGAUCUUUCCCGAAGUAGUAGUCCUAUUAAUUCUCAAUACAUACGACUUGAAUAACAGAUGGAUGAUGUUGCAUUUUUGAGUUAUAAUCUAAAGACAUGCAUGUUCAUGUUAUAAUUUGUUCUCAGAAAUGAUUGCAUCAA